AUGGCAUCCCUUCGCACCCGCUCUCUACCUCUCCGCGCCCUCCGCGCAACACCGACCGUGACACAGCCCUCGUCAUGUCUCCGCCAGAUUUCCCCUCUCCCUUCAACCAAGCCAUGCAAUCCCUCGACAACACGCUGGCACUCAACAUCUUCCGUCUCCCCCGAUGAACUCUCCCACUUCUCUGCCCUCGCCAGCUCAUGGUGGGACCCCAUGGGCCCGUCUCGAAUCCUCCAUCUGUUCAACCCUCUCCGCCACGAAUUCAUCGCAACCUGCCUUGCAGAUAGCCCGCCCCCAGCAAUCCAAGACCCAACAUCCAACACCGCGAACCUCCAUUACCUCGACAUCGGCUGCGGCGGUGGCAUCUUCGCCGAAUCACUUGCGCGGACAAUUCCCCUCGACCCCUCCGCGCCAUCCCCGACACCCACGCGCGCAGCCUCAAUGACAGCCGUUGAGCCUUCGACAGCACUUGUCCAGAUCGCCCGCGAACACGGACGCAUGGAUCCAACAGUUGAUUCGCACUUGCGCAGCGGCAAGUUCCGAUACCUGAAUACGACGCUGGAAGACGUUCUGUCCAGCUCGACACCGGAGAAGCCCGCGCAAUUCGAUGUCGUCACGCUCUUCGAGGUCAUUGAACACAUCGAUCCUUCAACCACAACACCACAACAAUUCCUGGCGAACUGCCUUCGAGCCCUCAAACCAGGCGGCUGGCUGAUCGGAUCUACAAUCGCCCGCACGUUCCCAUCUUGGAUUUUGAACCAGGUUAUUGCUGAGGCGCCGUGGCCGAUCGGUGUUGUUCCUCGUGGUACGCACGAGUGGAGCAAAUUCGUCAAUCCACCAGAGUUGAAGGCUUGGGCGCAGGAGGGGUUGAUGCGGGCUGCUGAUACGGGAGUUAAGCGGGGUGGGCCAGCGGACCUGGCGGGCAUGCAGUGGAAGUGUGUUGGGACUAUCUAUGUCCCCGGGCUUGGGUGGAAGAUCGUGCCUGGGUCUGAAGACUGGGGGAAUUAUUUCUGGGCUAUUAAGAAGGGUGUCUGA